GUGUGGUCCUCACUCUAUCCUGGAAACCACCUGAACUUCUCACGAGGAAAUACUGACACUACACAUCCUCACUUGUCCAUUAGGACAGUACUUGUGUUUCACCCAGGGAAAUCUUGAACCAGAUCAAUUUACCAAGAAUCCAAUGAUUCAGUUCAUGCCUGGUUUCAAGAUGCCCUCCAAACCCCCUCUGCAGAUCAAGCUCAGAUAUCUCCUAACUGGACGCUGGAAGAUGUUCUCUCUGACACACUUAAUCAAUCCAACACAACUUAAUUGAGAAGAUGACAUGGUGUUGUCACACGCCAGAGCCUUUCAAUGAUCCUCAAACAACUCUCUGAAUCAUGAGACACACACACACACCCAUCCACGCGUACACACACAAACUCUACAUAUCCUCAGAAUAUUCAAGUCUCUGUGUUGGAAGGGUAACUUCUCAUCUCCCAGAGCCAUCCAGCCAUGCAGACUCUCAGAUCUGUCUUGUUCUCCAACUGGGCGUCAGACGAGCGUCUGGAGGGGAAGACGGUCGUAGUGACGGGAGCUAACACUGGCAUCGGCAAGGAGACGGCCAGGGACCUGGCUAAGAGAGGAGCUCGUGUGAUCCUGGCAUGCAGAGACAAGACGAAGGCUGAGAAAGCAGUGAGUGACAUCACCAAGGAGGUGGGAGGAGCCAAGGUGGUCGCCGGCCAAUUGGAUCUUGCCGACACGAAGUCCAUCUGUGAAUUUGCAGAACAUAUCUACAAAACGGAGAAGGCUCUCCACAUCUUGAUCAACAAUGCUGGUGUGGCCAUGUGCCCCUACAGCACCACCGUGAAUGGCUUCGAGACACAGUUUGGCGUGAACCACCUAGGUCACUUCUUCCUUACGUUCCUCUUGCUGGACCUGCUGAAACACUCCGCCCCCUCGCGGGUCAUCAACGUCUCCUCGCUGGCUCACAUGAUGGGGAAGAUCUGCCUUGAGGACCUGAACAUGGAGAGGAGCUAUCACCCUGUGAAGGCUUACGCUCAGAGCAAGCUGGCUAACGUUCUCUUCACCAGAGAACUAGCCAAGAGGGCUGAGGCUCUAGGUGUGACAGCCUAUGCUGUGGACCCAGGCGUCGUCAACACUGAGCUGGUUAGGCACCUGCAGCGCCCCCUGCAGGUGCUGGUCAGCCGGUUCAGCUACCUGGUGAAGACUCCAGCGGAAGGGGCCCAGACCUCCAUCUACCUGGCUGUCACCCCAGAGAGUGAACUCUGCACUGGGGGGUACUACAGGAGCUGUGCUGAAGCGGUGUGUUCCAAGGCUGGUCUUGAUGAUGGUACUGCUCUUAAACUCUGGACCGUGAGCUGCCACCUGCUUGGCAUACGCUGGCGAUGAAGAUCCGCAUGAAGAUCCGCAUGCACGCACACAUGCACACGCGCACACAUUGUGUAGCUUGUUUACUCCCUUGCAUCUCCCAAUCUCUCUCUUUCUGUCUUUUCUCUCUUGAGUUAUGUAGGAACAUUAACGAGGCACACUUUUAUGAUGCAUGUUGUUCUUGUCUGUCAAUUUAAAGUUUGGGACCAUCGAGAUGCAGACCAGUAGAAGUCACUAGUGGCUGGUGUUAGGGUUGCAACUUGCACUGCAGCUACACUGUCGCUACAGUACAGUAAUAACAGUGUGACUGUGUGAAAAGAUGAGAUGUAUUAUGGUGGUCUUUGGCAUCAAAUCGUUUAUCGAUACGUGUUCAGAGAGAAAAUGUUGGAUCGAGUGAAUCAAUGUUAGGAUUGAUAUGACAUUAAUGCAUGUUAGGUCUGUCUGUGAAAAACGGUCAAAUAAAAAAGAGAAUUCACCCUAAACUUGUCCGUCUUUUGAAAGACUGUAGAUUUUAGAGCAAAUCUGUCGAACAAAGUGUGCUUGUGGGGACCUCUAGCGUGCGAAUGCAGUAUUGCUAUCAGUAAAUCCAGAGUUUGCCUACAUAUCGCUUACUUUCUUUCUAAGAGCGAUGGCUGUAACAAUGAUGUGCUCUGAAAGUAGGAAUGCUAUUAACUUAAUUAAUUUUAAAUCCAAAUACUUACUGUAUGUCGCUCUGGAUAAGAGUGUCUGCAAAAUGACUAAAUGUAACUGUAAUAAUGUUAUGCCAGGCACAAAAAGGACAUCUUCGAACAUGAGGUGUAUAUGUGUUAUGUUAUGGGAUAUGUGCAAUACUGUUAUGUAACUGUUGAUAAUGUUUGGCUGAGGAUGUAUUGUUUGUUGUUAUUGUGACUGUCAAUGCAUUUAUGAUGACGCACCACAGAGAC